GGAAACAGUGUGCCAUGAUAGCUGGGAUAUGAGAGAAGCUGCAGUGGUGUGUAGAGAGCUGCGCUGUGGGGAGCCUGUAAAUGUGCGGUAUGGUGCUCACUUUGGACGAGGAUCAGGACCAAUCUGGAUGGAUGAUGUGGACUGUAGAGGAUCAGAGUCGACACUGAACUGUAGCUCAGCAGAGUGGGGGAAAAAUAACUGUGGUCAUGGUGGUGAUGCUGGAGUCACCUGCUCAGAAAAUGAACCUGAUGACGCCAUUACAACUGAUCAGCAGACAGUUAUACAGACAGACAGUGUGAGGUUGGUGAAUGGUGGAAGUCGCUGUGCUGGGAGAGUGGAGGUUCUUCAUGAUGGACAGUGGGGAACAGUGUGUAGUUCUGCCUGGGAUAUGAAAGAUGCUGCAGUGGUGUGUAGAGAGCUGCACUGUGGGGAGCCUGUAGAUCUGCGGUAUUGGGCUGAGUUUGGACGAGGAUCAGGAGAAAUCUGGAUAUAUGAUUUGUACUGUAGAGGAUCAGAGUCGACACUGAACAACUGUAGCUCACGAGGGGGACAUUACUGUAGUCAGACUCUUGAUGCUGGAGUCAUCUGCUCAGGUGAAAAGCCGAGACUCACUGCUGGUCCUUACCCAUGCUCUGGGAGACUGGAGGUGCUUCAUGGAGGUUCCUGGUCCACAGUGUGUGAUGCUGACUUUGACCAGCAGGAUGCAGAGGUUGUGUGUCGAGAGCUGGGCUGUGGGAUUCCUGUGGAGGUGCUGGGAUCAGCUGCUUUUGGCCGAGGGGAGGGUCAGGUGUGGACAGAGGAGCUUCAGUGUAGAGGCAACGAAUCUGAGAUUGCCUUCUGUCCAAAAUCAUCUUCACUCAAACACUCAAACUGCUCCCAUGACAAAGAUAUGGGAUUAAUAUGUUCUGGUCACACAGAGGCUCGGCUGGUGAACGGAUCGGACUCCUGUUCUGGUCGAGUGGAGCUCCAGUACCUCAGUGAGUGGGGCACAGUUUGUGCUGUAGGCUGGGAUAUGAGAGCUGCAGAUGUUCUCUGUGCACAGCUGGAUUGUGGGAGUGCUGUGGCUGUGGUGGAGGUGGACUGGUUUGGGGAGGGGAGUGGCCACAUCUGGGCUGAUGUGUUUGAUUGUCAGGGGAAGGAGACACACCUAUCACAAUGUGGCAUCUCAUCAUGGAGUCGAGCUGCAUGCUCUCACAAACACGAUGCUGGAGUCAUUUGUAAUGGAUCAUCCGUGGCGUUUCAUGAGGGGCGAGUGAGGUUGUCUGGAGGGAGCAAGUGUCAGGGGGAGGUGGAGAUUUAUUUCAGGCAGGACUGGAGGAGAGUUCUCCUGGACUCGUGGAGUCUGUCUGAGGCGUCUGUGCUCUGCAGACAGCUGGGCUGUGGCUCCGUGCUGAACUACCGCUCCUCUCCAUCCACCACUGAACACAAACACAUGUGUGUAACGGGUUUCAGCUGCUCUGGGAGUGAAGCUCAUCUGGGGAACUGCAGCAGUGCACAACCUGUCAACUGCAGCUCCGGGGAACAGCUGUACAUCACCUGCUCAGGUAUCUUUAACCCCGCCCACAGCUCCAUCAGGCUGGUUGGUUCUGGGGGAGACUGUGCAGGAAGGCUGGAGGUUUUCCACAGCGGCUCGUGGGGGACAGUGUGUGAUGACUCGUGGGAUAUUGAGGAUGCGCAGGUGGUGUGCAGACAGCUGCAGUGUGGAGAGGCCCUCAGUACCCACAUACCAGCCUGGUUUGGUCCUGGAACUGGGUCCAUAUGGCUGAAUGAGGUGGAGUGUGAGGGGAACGAGACAUCCCUGUGGAACUGCAGAUUUCAGCUGUGUGAAGAGGGAGAAUGUGGACACCAUGAGGACGUAGGAGUCGUGUGCUCAGAGUUUAAAGAGAUCCGACUCACGGAGGGCUGUGAGGGGAAUCUGGAAGUGUUCUACAAUGGAACCUGGGGUAAUGUGUGUCACAAUCAGAUGGAUGAUGAGACAGUAAACAUGGUGUGUCGAGAGCUGAACUGUGGAAGAAGUGGCAGUCUGUCAAACGCUGAAGCACGAGUAAAAUCUGCUCCUAACUGGCUGGAUUAUCUGAAGUGUAGGAAACACGACUCUAAUCUGUGGCAGUGUCCAUCUUCACCCUGGGGACAGAACAGAUGUGAUAAUCGUGAUGAGGUGGCUCGUAUUACCUGCACAGAUGAUGGAAAGUCUCUACGUACACAAGAAAAGUGCUCUUCAUUUCCCUCUCAGAAACACUGCUCAAAGCACUGGUCUCUCAGGCUGAGUGGAGGAAAGGGAAGCUGCUCUGGGAGGUUGGAGGUGUAUCAUAACGCUACGUGGGGCUCCGUUUGUGAUGAUCAGUGGAACAUCAGGAACGCUCAGGUGGUGUGCAGACAGCUGGGCUGUGGGUCGGCGCUGAGUGCUGAUAGGAAUGUUACGUUUGGUGCUGGUGAAGGGACUAUCUGGCUGAACAGAGUGAAGUGUCGAGGGGAUGAGAUUCACCUGUGGGACUGUCAUCAUUCCCUGAAGAAACACACUGACUGCUCUCAUGCUGGAGUCACCUGUGCAGACAUAUCCACUGUGUCCACUACUGCUACACCCACCACAACAACCACCACAACACCCACCACCACAACCACCACCAAAUCAGUAAGAGCCGCUUCAAAUCCUACAUCACCUGGAGCUCCAUCCACCCCUCCACUGGUUCUCGUUGUGUUGGGAACGCUGCUCUUCCUGGCCUUAGUGCUUCUGCUGGUACUGUUUUACCAGAACAGAGUGCUCAGGAGAGUUGUCUCUAAGAGGAGGCGUAAGACUCAGCCUGAGGCAGUCUAUGAGGAGAUCAACCACAGACACAUCACUUGAAGAAGCACGAGCUCCAGUCAAAGAGGAAGUCUCCUCUCUGAAGAACAGCAUUCUGGGUAUGAGCAUGUAGAUGGUGAGCUUCUCUCAGGAAGUCUCCUCUCUGAAGAACAGCAUUCUGGGUAUGAGCAGGUGGAUGAUGAGCUUCUCUCAGUAAAGUCUGGGAUUGGAGAAAAGGCUGAGUAUUAUGAUGAUGUCAUCGACACCAGUGACUUCAUAAGUGAUGCAGGAAGAGUUGACCCACCAGAGGACUACGAUGAUGCCGUCACUGCUGGACCGAUCCCUGAUAACGUGGAUGGGGAUGAAGCAGAGAAUUAUGAUGACGCCAUUACAGCUGAUCAGAAGUCAGUUAUACUGACAGAGGACGUGUCCGAGAACUAUGAUGAUGCAGUUACCAUGGAAACAAACCCAAACAUCAUCACGGACAGUCCAGAAGAUUAUGAUGAUGUCAUCACUGAGGAACAGGAUGUAGGAGAAACAGAAGAAUAUGAUGAUGUGGAGGAGAAAUCUCAGAAAGACAGGGACCAUGUGACUGAGACACGCCACCAAAGGCCUUUUCUCAGGAAAUUACACUUUUUUAAACGCAAAAAAUGAUUUUAUUUUACAAUAAAAUGUCAUGUUUUCUUUCAAAAAUGUCAUGUUUUCUGAACUGUGUUCAUUUUCUCCCUAGUUAUUAGCAAAUAGAGUAGGGAGAGUUAAAUCACCUUUCAUAUUACCUAAUGCAAUGUCUCCAGCUUUUCUUUUACAACACUUUUUAUUUCUUAAAACAUCACUUGUUUAUUAUUAUUAUUU